AAUCACUUUCUCUCUCACUCUUGCUGGGUACGAAAUCUGGAUCUAAGGUCAGUGAAUGCCUACUUCAGGUCCACAGUCAUUCUGACGCAUCUAGGAGACAGCCUUGGGCCUAAGACAUUUGCUGGGAAUCUGAGAGUGACUUGUCUUUGUGUAGGGCAGGUUUUCUCUACCUUGUCACUAUUGGCAUAUGGGCUGGAUAAUACUUUGUUGUUGGGGGGACUGUUCUGUUUAUUAUAGGAUGUGUGGUAACAUCCCUGACCUGCACCUGCUAGAGGUCAAGAUGCGCCUGUACACCCAGUUGUGGCAGCCAGAUACUGGCCAAUGUCCCCUGGAAAGCAGAAGCAGGGCUUCAGUUUUACAAGAAGGCAGCCUGCAGGACCACAGGGCAUGACUUCAGAGUUGAUGAAAACUGGAACUUCUGGAGACCAAUGUAUUCUGCAAAUGCAAGGCAUGAUGAUUAUAAAGAAGAUUGUGAAGAUGGAAGGGGUCCGACCCCUAGAAGAGAAUGUGGGAAACGCACCAAGGCCAAGGUUUGAGAGAAACAAGCUAUUGCUGGUGGCCUCCGUAAUUCAGGCACUGGGGCUGCUCCUGUGCCUCACCUACGUGUGCCAGCACUUCCAUGCUCCCGAGGUAUCACUUCAGUAUCCUCCAAUUGAAAAUAUCAAGACACAACUUCAAAUCUUAACAUCCUAUGAGUGUGAAGAGGACAGUUUCAUCCUCCCACUCCAAAAAAGGGAAGGAACCAUGGAAGUGCAAAACAACUCAGUGGUCAUCCAGUGUGAUGGCUUUUACCUCCUGUCUCUGAAGGGCUACUUCUCCCAGGAGGUCAACAUUAGUCUUCAUUAUCGGAAGGGUAAGGAGCCCUUCCCGAUCCUGAAGAAGGCCAAGUUUGCCAACUCCAACGUGGUGUUAGAAUUGGGUUACAAAGACAAAGUCUACCUGAAUGUGACCAGCGACAGCGCCUCCUGCAAACAGCUCAGCGUGAAUGCUGGCGAGCUGAUUGUCCUCCUUCAGAAUCCCGGUGGGUACUGUGCUCCAUGAGGGUCUCAUGGCCGCACCUAAAGCCAGGCACCAGCAGGACUGCCAAGCUGGGGGGGGACAGGACACAGAUUCCUCUUAUGUGUGAGGCGCUGUCCCAGCUCAGCGACAUGGGACAGGACAGGAAGCGGAUCCUGCACUGCAGCCCCCUCCCCUUGCCCCCCACCUCAGGGAUAUUUAAAACUCAUUUUACGUAUCAGUAACCUUAUCCUUCUGUCUUCUAAGUCCCUAGCCUUCAUCUCCCUGCCUGGCCUCAGGCCUAUUAGGCACCUUCGUGAGAAAGGGGAAACAGGUGCUGCUUUUUCCAGACUCAGUGUUUCUAUCUAUAGUUGUUAUAAUAAACUUAUGUUACUGACAAAGGCACUUGACUACCAUUUGCUGGAGACUGGGCAAGCGUGUGGCAUUGUCGACAUGAAGAGGAACAAGGAGUGAGCUUACGGAUCCGCAGAAGGUGGUGUGGACUAACCCUUGGGAGCCCAUGUGGCCUCUUCAACCAGAUUGGUCACAGUUUGCAUCUUGCCUCAAUUCCUCUCUCACUCAGAGGGAGUUCCAAAGGAAAAUCAGCUUGUGGACAUCAGGACCUGAAAUACUGUGUGCUGUGGGCUCUUUUCCUUUGCUGCUUUGUUUUCCCAUCAUCCAAACUUAAGAGAAAUAUCUCUUCAAAAAACCAUCCUGAAGUUGUGAUGCUGUGAGCGAUCUAGUCAUUGGUUCAGGGAGAACUGAGAGAGAUGCUUCUAUUCAGGGAAAGUGAGUUAAUUUAUUGUGAGCAUAGUUAUCUUUAUUACACCAUGACUGGGACUGCUCAGUAAACACAAGUAAGGAUUUGAACAGCCAAGGGAAGAAAAAUCCUUUGCCACAGAGAGGCAGAGUUAUUCAUGUUUAUCUUCCUGUUGGUGCUGAAAUACCACCUCAGCUCCACGCUUCAUUCAUAUGAACCACGGUGCUGGUUCCAAAUGAAGUGAUGCUGUUCUCAAAUGCAGUUUUAUGUCAGUUGGCAUGAAGAAGCCAUGUGUCUUAUGAAAAAAAAUGGGAUUGAUCUCUGUCUGGAAAUACCAUAAUACCAUGUAACAUCUCCCAUUAGUCAUUGGAAUUAGACUUAUCAUCAGCCAAUAUCAAGGCUCCAAGGUGAUGAGCCCCUUAUGUUUAUUUUGAAUGUCCUCUUAAUUUGAUAUGAUAUAUCAUGCUUAAUGACAUUAUGGAGAAAUGAGAUUUUUUUAUGUCAAGUUACCAUAAAAUUUAUAACUUCUCUGUUCUAAAACUUUGAUAAACUUACAUUUUAAGUAAUUUUUAGUUGUAGCAAAUGUUUCCCUGUUGCUUCAUAGAGGACAUGAAUAUAGAAUUUUUGGAUAUUCUUUGUCAUCAAAGAAAUUCUACGUUCUGUAAUCCAUUGAUUGUCACUAGGAUCUUCAGAAAGAUACACUAAAGGGUCUCAAUUACAUUUGGAUUUUUUUUUUGUCUCUUUGGCAUAAUUUUCUGUGUCCUCCUGACUAAGCAUUUACAGGGGAGCCUGUUUGUGGAACAUUGUAUUUUGAGAAAAUUAUAUAUGGAUUUCAAAGAUUCUUUGCAUUGAAAUAAACAUUUUAAAUCCAUUUUCCAAGAACUUUUGGAAGUACACUUAUAUGUUCAACUACUACUGUAUUUUAAUUUGUAUGGAAAGAAGCUAAAUUAAAACGCAAAAUAAAAGCAAUUGUGUGUAAGGUAAGAGUAACCAAGCUCUGAGUGGCUAUCAGGACACUGUAAUCACAAUCAUUGUCAUAAUAACAGCUAAACAUUUACGGAGGGCCUACUGUGGGCCAGGUCGAGGAUUAAAUGCUUUGCAGGAAUUAUUCUGAGAAAGAUAUUCUGUGAUAUCUGUCUUGACUGCUCAGAUUUAUCUGUAUACAAGUAUGUGUGUGUAAUUUACUUUUUAUGUUUUGCAAAGCUGCAGUUACUUAAUGAGUGAUAUUUUAAAAAGUAAAUGUUUAUGACUACAAGUAAUAUUUAAGAAAAUGUAUGUUUACUUUUUUAAGUUUGGGAUUUCUGCCUUUCUCAUGGACAUGCAGUGUGCAUGCGAGGCCCAGGCAUAACUGAGUGGGCUGUUCAUCUUUGGUUUCAGGGCCUCUCCUCACAGCAGCCCACUCCCUUCCAUCACGCCUGGCCUGCUCUUCUCAUGGUUGCCUCCUCAGCCCCAGGAAUAUCUCUGCCAUGUGCUAGGCUUACUCUGCCACCGUCUACCCAGCAACCUACACCUGUUCUGUGUUUCAGUCCCUUUAAAUCGUGGCUUCCAAAGGGAUAAUUAACCCUUUUCUAUGCAAGGCAGAGUUUUGUGGAAAGAAAACCAAGACAACGUCAGGAGAUAGGAACUGUAAUUUUGACUCGGUCACUAACUAGCUAGGUGACCUUGGGCAAAUAAUUUCCUAUUUCUGUAUCCUGCUUUCCUUCCUUGUUAAAGGAAAGGAGUGCUAAACGUCUGGCAGCUUAGACACUCAUGCGGAGAAAGCUAUAUUGUUACUUUGUACUAGUUGCUCUGAGUCAAAGCAUGUAGCUUUCUGUUUUACUACAUAAACAUUUUUUUGCCUCUGGACAAGCUAGCAUCUUCUCAAUCUUAUUGAUGACUCUUACAAGAGGUGUUAACAACUGUUACUUAGUGAAAUUCUAUUUAGAGAGUGCUGAAGGGAUUCCAAUCUUGAUCCAAAUUGUAAAUUAUUUUUAAGAAUAAUGGGCUGGCCCCCUAUUUUAAAACCAUACUUUUGUAUUUGUGCUU